AUGUUGAGUACGCCACUGUACCAACUUGCAAUUAGACCUGUGAGAUGGAUAUUGAACCCCGCUAGUGCACUAAGGUCACCAACCUCUAUGCUCGACCGGGCGUCAGCAAUCCGACCCGAUCAAUGCCGCCGUGUUCCUCCUCACACACCAAACACUUCCUCCCGCCUGGGUAUCCUGGCGUCUCCGACCAAGGAUUGGAAGAAGAGAGGGCCACAGCCCAGCGUAAUGAGCUGA